AUGACGGCGUGCCGCAAGGUCAUCGUGCAGGCCGACGGGGGCACCCUGUGGAGGGACGUCGUGUCCGCCGUGAUCGCGCUGGUGCUCGACGCUCGCUGGUCCGUGGACUGCCGCGCGCAGCUCAUCUUCGGCAUCGGCCAGGUCCUGUCGGUGCUGGACGACUGGGGCGAGCUCGAGAGGAUGCUGGGGGUUUUCGUCGCAAGGAUGGAGGAGCCGCUCAAGCCGCUCCUCGCCAAGCUGCCCGCCGAGCCGCUCGGG